CAGAGUGAAUGAAAUCAAAUUUGCAGAGAGAAGAUAAAGUGAAAAUGGUGAUCAGUGCAUUGGCACCGAACGGCGGCACCGGCGAAUUCAGCUACUCCAAAAAUUCUCACUUUCAGAGACAAAGCUUAGGAGUUGAAGACAGUAAGAUCGAAGAAGAAAUUGAGAAGAAGCUGGAUGUGAAAGCACUAGCUUCAGCUUCGAACAUGAUUAUUCGCAUAGCGGAUUUUGGGUGUGCGACUGGUCCAAACACCUUCGUGAAUGCACACAAGGUGCUUGAAGCAAUGAGAGAAAAGUACAAAAGGCAAUGUCCAAACACGGAAGCAAAACCAGAAUUUCAUGUCUUCUUCAAUGAUCUACCAUCGAACGAUUUCAACACCCUUUUCACCUCUUUGCCUGAAGAUAGAAGCUACUUUGCAUGUGGGGUUCCUGGUUCUUUCUACAAUCGUUUGUUUCCCCAUUCGUGUAUUCAUUUUGCAUGCAGCAGUUUGGCCCUCCAUUUUCUUUCAAAGUCACCAGAAGUGUUGCAGGAAAAGAAGAGUCCCGCAUGGAACAAAGGUAGAAUUCACUACACAGGUGCUUCCAAGGAAGUGGUUGAUGCAUAUGCAAAUCAAUUUGCUGAGGAUGUUGGAAAGUUCUUGGAUGCUAGGGCUAUGGAGUUGGUCCCUGGUGGCAUGUUGGUCAUAGUCAUGCCUGGUGUUCCCCAUGGCAUGCCUUAUUCUGAGGUCAUAAUUGGCAUGAUGUUUGAUUGCAUGGGAUCUAUCCUCAUCGACCUUUCAAAGGAGGGGUUGUUUGAUGAAUCUAAAAUUGAUUCCUUCAAUUUUCCUUUCUAUGCCUCAAGUCCAGAGGAGAUGAGAAAGGCGGUAGAGAGAAAUGGAAGAUUCAACAUUGAAAGAAUGGAGUUAACAAAUCCAGUACCAUGGUUAAAGAACAUAGAAAAAGUAAUACCUGAUUGGAUAAUUCAUGUGAGGGUUGUGAUGGAAGCAAUUUUCAGCAGACACUUUGGAAAUGAAGUCACUCAUCAAAUGUUCCAACGUUUAACCAAACACAUGUUAGACAAACUUGAAAUAUUGGAAACAAAAUACAGAGACAAAGUUCAACUUCUUGUUGUAUUACAGAAAAAGGAGUAAGUGUUCUUUGUAUUUUGCAAUAAAAGGUAAACUUUAUUUGUCAAAAACUGCCUUCACGUUGCUGUGGCGUGGCUGUUGCCGUAACGUGACCCUGCAGUGACGUCUUAUUCGUGUGUUGAGGGAUCUUUCAAUCGAGGGUUUGUUAUGCGUUUUUUGUCACUCCGAUCGUCGAGGGAGGCUGUUGUGAUUGUUGUCGCAUCAGUCGCUGAGAGGCCCUGCUGCGUUCGUUAUCGCACCUCGAGGAAAGUCGUGCUAUGAUUGUAAGUUUGGGAUAUAUUUGCUUUUCUGUUAUAAGUUGAGGUCGAUCUCGGCAUGGUGUAAUGUUCGGUUUUCUGUCAUGAAUUUCAUUAAAUAGUUUGUGUUAAUCCAUCUAUACGUGGUGUAACUGAAUCUUGAUCAGUAAAACAACAAUACAAUUAGUUUUAGUCA